AAGAACAGCUUCCUGAAUUAGUAUCUGAAGAGCAAAAAUUCAAAAUUUCUUAAUUUUUCUUAGUUCUUGACCACUGAUCAAAAAAGUGUUUGUCAAAACAAGUUGAAAAUCUGUUAACCGCAGUGCAGAUGUUCAGGAACCGGAAACCGGAUAUUUGAAGGAAAAGAUUCUGCACAUAUAUAAACGGUGAUUUUUAUAUAUUUCGAUUUUGGAGUUUCCUCCGAUGCCUCCUUCCUGAAGAGAGUAGUUCAUUUCUUGAAGAAUUGUCCACCAGAAUUCUAGAGAAGGAGACCAAAAAUUGUAGAAAAGAAAAAAUGGGAAUUUCCGACGUAGAGCAGGCCAAGAGGCGAUUGCAGGACAUUCUGAAGAAGGCACAAAAGUUCGAGAUUCCGACACAGGAAGUUAUUUCGACGAGGACGGCAAGGAAACUGCUUGCUAGGUCAAAGAACGCACUAGCUUGGACUAUUUGGAUAGGAAUCUUUGUUCUCAUACUUUCUGGCGUCGUUUAUGCACGGUGGCCAACGCAGGAAGUUGAAACUGUCAGAACUGUCCUCAGGAGAACGUGUGGAAAUUCAGGCGACAUUUCCGAAAGAGUGGCAGCCCUCAUCCAGUCAUCCUCCACGCAGGACGACUGCUAGUCUCCAAGGAUGUUCCUUCAAGAUCUUCUCGCCUUCCCUGAAGAGAGAGAGAAGCCAAAGGAAAAUUAAAUCCAGAAAAUUCUAGCUUAUAACGGUUUCAUAAGUAACCUAUUUCGUAAGAUUAACCUAAACUCUAAGAAUAACAUUUAAACUCAUUCAACAAUCGAAAAUUUUUUUCUGAGUCAUUCAGAGUGUGCAAAGGAUCCUGUGUCAAAUUUUUGUAUAUUACAUUCACCUUUAAGCUAUUCCGAGUGU